AUGGCCGCCAAUAUCUCCCUCCAACCAAGCUCUAUGAGAGACGUGACCAAGAUGGAGCGUAUAGGUGCUCACUCUCAUAUUCACGGUCUCGGUUUAGAUGCGAAUCUGGAACCUCGAGUCAACUCUCAGGGUAUGAUAGGACAAGGAAAAGCUCGGAAAGCGGCUGGGGUGAUUUUGAAGAUGGUUCAAGAAGGACGGAUAGCAGGGAGGGCUAUUUUGAUGGCUGGUCCUCCUAGUUCUGGGAAAACCGCCAUUGCCAUGGGUAUGGCACAGACAUUAGGGACGGAUGUACCUUUCGUCAUGCUGACUGCUUCAGAGGUGUAUUCGCUUGAGAUGUCAAAAACCGAAUCUCUCACCCAAGCCUUUAGAAGGUCCAUCGGUGUGAGGAUAAAGGAAGAGACAGAAUUGAUCGAAGGGGAGGUCGUGGAAAUUCAAGUUGACAGAAGUGUCACAGGGGCCACGAAGACAGGACGAUUAACUCUCAAAACCACAGACAUGGAAACGGUUUAUGAUCUUGGUUCCAAGAUGAUCGAUCAAUUGCAAAAGGAAAAAGUUCUGGCAGGUGAUGUUGUCAGCAUCGACAAAGCUAGUGGGAGGAUAUCAAAACUUGGAAGAAGUUUCGGACGAGCAAAAGAUUACGAUGCCAUGGGAGCUGAUACGAGAUUCGUUGCUUGUCCGGAUGGAGAGUUACAAGUACGAAAAGAAGUCGUUCAUACGGUCUCACUACACGAGAUAGACGUUAUCAACUCUCGAACUCAAGGCUUUUUAGCUUUGUUUGCUGGAGAUACAGGAGAGAUUAAGCCCGAAUUGAGAGAUCAAAUCAAUGGUAAAGUGGCAGAAUGGCGAGAAGAAGGAAAAGCUGAGAUUGUACCUGGGGUUCUGUUCAUUGACGAAGUGCAUAUGCUGGAUAUCGAAUGUUUCUCUUUCCUUAAUCGAGCUCUGGAAAAUGAAAUGGCUCCUUUGGUCGUCAUGGCGUCCAACAGGGGUAUAACGAGAAUAAGAGGGACAAAAUAUAAAUCUCCUCAUGGUAUACCUACCGAUCUAUUGGAUAGAAUGCUCAUUAUUUCCACUGGGAAAUAUGAUCAAACGGAAAUCCGAGAGAUUGUCAAGAUCAGGGCGGAUGAAGAAGACGUCAGAUUAUCCCCUGACGCUCUUGAAUUAUUAGCCACAUUAGGUCAAAAAACCUCUCUUCGUUACGCCCUCAACCUCAUCGCUCCAUCUCAAUUAUUAGCACAAAGAAGGAAAUUGACAAGUGUGGAAGUUGAAGAUGUCAAGAUGGCAUAUCAAUAUUUCUGUGAUGUGGAGAGAAGCACGACUUAUGCGAGGGAGACGAGUGGUAUGAUGUUUGGUGAAGAAGAAAUCACGAAUGGACAUGUGGCUAUGGACACAUCUGCAUAG